CUUCAGCCACGUACUUGGAAAUAUCUUCCCACCUCCCAUCACCUCGGCCUCCCCAUCCACCUUGGAUCUCAUACUUGGUCUUUCUUUUACAAGUAGAGCUUCAGCUUUUCUGCUUCGUUUAUUACGUUCUCCAUUAUGUAUCGCCAGUCUUUCGCUCCUCCCCCGGCUCACUCACCUCCACUUCACCACCCUGUGCCUCAGCAUGUCUCUACAGUACCCAUGAUGCGCUCGCCACCUCCUCCAACAUCCCAGCAGCCGCAAACGUCUGCCUAUGGCAAUCCUUAUCAGCCGGCUCCCGCACAGGGUGGCAGUGGAACGUACGCCCCUGGGUUCGGCGGCUUUAUCAACGACCCCACGGCGCAGAUGGGAUUCCACAUGGGCAAGACUGCGGUGGCAGCUGGACAAGAAUAUAUGGAACAGAACUUCAACCGCUACGUAUCCAUACCGGCUCUAAAGCACUACUUCAAUGUCUCGAACUCCUACGUGAUCAAUAAGCUGGGCCUUGUGCUCUUCCCAUGGAGACACAAGCCGUGGUCGCGCCAGCAAGCACGCCUUACUACCGCUUCAGCUGGACCGGAUGGCCAGAUAUCGCAGCAGCAGUAUUCGUCCAUGUUUCUUCCUCCGCGAGAUGAUCUCAACUCCCCCGACAUGUACAUCCCUGUGAUGGCGCUUGUCACAUACAUCCUUUUGUCGGCGAUGCUAGCAGGCUUUCGCGGGAACUUCCAUCCAGAACUCCUUGGAGCGACAACUACUACGGCAAUUGCAGUCAUGGUCUUCGAGAUAAUUUGCCUGAAACUAGCCAUGUACAUUCUCAGCAUCAACAAUGACUCCCAGUUGGUGGACCUGGUGGCAUACUCUGGCUAUAAAUUCGUGGGAAUCAUCAUCACCCUGCUCGCCUCUGAAAUCUUCACUCCCGGGAAAGGAACAGGUAGUUGGGUCGGAUGGGUUGCCUUUAUCUACACAUUCCUGGCCAACGCAUUCUUCCUGCUCCGUUCUCUAAAAUACGUCCUCCUUCCCGACUCAACAAGCGACACAUCCAUGCGCACCGGUUCAAUGCACACGGUAGCACGCUCCCAGCGCAACCGCCGCACCCAGUUCCUAUUCGUCUACUCCUACGUUAUCCAGUUCAUCUUCAUGUGGGUUCUGAGCCGUGAGGGUCCAUCAAGCACUGCUUCUGCCGUGACUGGAGCUUCGUCAUAGAAAUCCCCAACUGCUCGAACAUAAUGAUACACACGGACUUGAUGAAAAGCGAAUCAAACCAUAAUGUAGACUUUCUCCAGGCUGUUGGCGGUUGGUUUCGUUCGCUAUGUACACGUUAGAUAAAUAAAUAUACUUGAUAUUCCUAACAAUGUUUUCCCUAACUUUCGU